AUGACUCUCCCUCGUAUUAAUUCUCAUCACCUCCUCUUUUCAAUCCUCAUGAUAAUAACACCUUCAACAAGUUCACAGCAAGCACCCCAGGACCCUCUCCUCGUCGACCGGAUAGUAGCGGACGCCGCGGUGCGAUCGUACCGCACUAAACACCGCAAGACCGCCGUCACCUUCGGCUUCUCGCUCCCGCCGACCCUUUCCGGCGUUUCAGCAGAGGCAGCGCGGUACCGAGCCGGCAGUUUAAGGCGAUAUGGGGCGACGAUCGGGGAGUUUUCCGUACCGCCGGGGAUCGUCGCUCACCCGCACGUCAAGCGGCUACUCGUCGUGUCCCAAAACCUGGGCAACCUCUCUUCUUUGUACAGCAGCCAUGCAAACGUAGCCGGGUUCGAGAUCGUCUCUCCGGUGCUAGGCCUUCUAUUCUACAACGCAGCGGUAGCUCCUCGCAAUUCGUCAGCUAAAAUUAUUCGAAUUCUGGUUGCCGAGAAUCCCGUUAGAGUGAACUUCUCCGCGAACACAAUGGCGAGAAGAUCAUUUUGCGCGGGGUUUGAAUUGGACGGAAAUGUUAGGAUAACCGACCGAACAGCAAGCGGAGUUUGCGAAGCACGGGGGCAGGGGCACUUUGCGGUUGUGGUGAUUGGGGGUGGGGGUGGGGGUGGGGAGAGAAUUAAGGCGGGUGGGUGGAAGGUGGUGGUGAUGGCGGCGGUGGCGGGGGCGGGCGGAGCGGGGCUGAUCGGGCUGCUGGUGGUGGCACUGGCGAGCGCGAGGAGAAAGCGGAAUCGGAUGGCGGAGAUGGAGCGGAGGGCGUACGAGGAUGAGGCGCUGCGGAUAUCGAUGGUCGGGCACGUCAGGGCCCCCACCGCCGGCAUGGCGCGCACAGCGCCGGUGCUGGAGCACGACGAGUACUCUCCGUCGUAG